UUGGCUCAACAAGGGCUGCCCAAUUAUGUGGCAGAAACACUGAGGGAGCUGCCAUGCAGCCUGCCUCCGAAGAAAAGAGCUACGCGGUUGGUAUUGACCUUGGGACAACCUACUCAUGCGUUGGAGUUUACAAAGAUGGUGAAGUUCAGAUCAUUGCGAAUGAUCAAGGGAACAGAACAACUCCGUCAUACGUAGCUUGGACGGAGCAGGAGAGGUUGCUGGGAGAUGCGGCGAAGAACCAGGUUGCAAGCAAUCCGACCAACACAGUCUUUGAUGCCAAGAGGCUGAUUGGGCGACGAUUUGAUGACCCGAUUGUGCAGGCAGACUUAAAACUUUGGCCUUUUAAGGUCGUCUCUGAUGGCACAAAGGAUGACAAGCCAUUGAUUGAAAUCUUUUACCAGGGAGUGGCGAAGAAGUUUCACCCCGAGGAGAUCUCCUCGAUGAUUUUGACAAAGAUGAAGCAGACGGCAGAGGCCUAUUUGGGUCACCGGGUCCGGGAAGCAGUGAUCACCGUGCCGGCCUAUUUUAAUGAUGCGCAGCGACAAGCCACCAAAGAUGCUGGUGAGAUUGCAGGUCUUCGUGUGCUGCGAAUCGUAAACGAACCGACUGCUGCAGCCAUUGCCUAUGGACUUGACAAGUCGACCAGUGCCCAGAAAGAGACCCACAUUUUGGUCUUUGACAUGGGUGGCGGGACUUUUGAUGUCUCAGUGCUUGCAAUCCAAGAGUCCGUUUUUGAGGUGAAAGCAACUGCAGGUGACCCUCAUCUUGGUGGUGAAGACUUUGACAAUCGAAUUUUGAGUCAUUGCAUUGCAGAUUUUCGUAGGAAGUACCAGUCGGACCCCACUCGCAACCAGCGUGCCGUGCGGCGCUUGCGAACGCAGUGUGAGCGUGCUAAGAGGUUGCUGUCCACACAAACAUCUGUGACAAUUGAAGUGGAUUCGCUACAUGAAGGAAACGACUUUAGCAUUCGCCUCUCCAGGGCAAAGUUUGAAGAGCUUUGCCUCGAUUAUUUCAAGAAGGCCAUGGAGCCAGUGGAGCAGUGCCUGAAAGACAGCAACUUGCCGCAGAAGGCCAUUUCUGAUAUUGUGAUGGUCGGCGGCUCAACUAGAAUUCCCAAGGUGCAGGAGCUUAUUAAGGCUUUCUUCCAUGGAAAGGAGCUGUGCAAGUCCAUCAAUCCAGACGAAGCUGUAGCAUAUGGAGCCGCUGUCCAGGCGGCCAUUGUGUCAGGACAUGGCAGUGAAGAAGUUCAGAACAUGCUGCUGCUAGAUGUUGCUCCACUCUCCUUGGGCAUUGAGACGGCAGGCGGCAUGAUGCAAGUCCUGAUUGAGCGAAAUUCCACAGUGUCAACCAGCAAGAGCCAAGAUUUCACGACCUUUGAGGACUAUCAAGACCAUGUGGACAUUUCAGUCUACGAAGGGGAACGGGCCAUGGUCAAAGACAACAACUUCUUGGGCAAGUUUACCUUGAAGGACAUCCCCAAGUCUUUACGCGGCGUCCCCAAAAUCCAAGUCACCUUCACCAUAGACACCAACGGGAUUCUGCAGGUGAGCGCAGAAGAUGCGAAGUCCAAUAAGAAGAGCGAGAUCCAGAUUGCCAACGAGAAGGGCCGCUUAACGCAAAAUGAUAUUCAAAAGAUGCUGCAGGAGGCAGAAAAGUACAAAGGUGAAGAUGAGAUUAGCAAAGGCGACAUGCUGGCCAAAGAAGAGCUCAAAGUUUACUUCCAGCGGUUUGAUAAAGGCAUCCAGGACCUUGAUGCGAGCAAGUUGCAGGAGCAAGAUCGAGAACGUCUUGAAAAAAAGCUGGCAGAUGCGUACCACUGGCUAGAGCAUGAUGGCCUCAAGGCCGGAAAGCCAGAAUUCGAGGCCAAGCAGAAAGAACUGCAGGCUGUCAUGAAUACCGAGACUUGGACCUUUGCUGGGCACCUUCAUUCAGCUCUAUAUAGGAAUGAUUGGGAAUGGAGAGCUGCUUUAUUGGUUUGUAGAGAGUUUUGAGAGUAAGUAAUGAUAUGAUGUGAGUGACCUCAAAAGUGCAGGCCUUGUUUCAUGAGUUGAGGCAAGGUGACGUUUCGUUUCUCCCACCAUGCCUGCCAAGGUCAUGUUGAAGAUCAACCGUGCACAGUCCGAAUUCUGGGAUCAGCAAGUGGUCCACCACGAAGGUGAGAAAACCAUUGACAAGGGAGGCUUCAUCCUACAUUGUGGCGUGGAUAUCCGGGAUUUGAUUGAAGAGCCUCAAUGACCGAAAGCAGACGUUCCAGAGAGCUCUUGCAUCCAUGUGCCACAUGCGCUGGCUUCACACGCAUUCUUGGGACAUAUGCUUUGCGUCAACCACUUGGAGAUCAGAUUGCUCGGUGGAGCGAGGCCCGGUGCAGGUUGUACAUAGUAGAUCUUCAGGAGGGCACGGUGGACGCCAAGCCGCUGCCCAUGUGCGAAAACAUGAGUGACCAG